GCAAUGACAUGGCUUGGGGCUCAUUCAUUCUUUAAUUCCAAUGCUGGUCUUUCUUCUUCAUUUCGUGACAAUUCAAGUGCUACUUGCGGGAAAUCAAAGUCAAUUUGCCACUCUUCGAAAAGAACAUCACCACUUCCGGAGGCGACGCUGCUUCGCCUAGUUGAGGCCUCGGUACGCCAAAGCCGAGAGCACAGAAGCGCGGUCCGCCACCUCGGUGUGCCUCGUGUUCCGAGCAGUGAUUACUACCAAAAAGAUAGUGAGGAGAAAUUACAACAGCUUGCUGAUGGAAACGAUGUUCCUGCUCCAGAAAAAUCUCCUUGCAAGAUUCGAAUUGCCAAACUCAUGCCCACUUUGUACUCUCAGAGGAUGCGCCAAAAGCUUAUCGGCUCUGGAUCUGAGGCUUUAGAUCGCCACAUCUCUCCUUCCUCUUCCUCGCAGGCUCAUUCAUCUGCCAAUGCUCCACUAGUAUCUUCGGUGGUGUCAAACUCUUGUUCGGUUGGUGAGUUUUUUGCUCUCGACGUAAUAGCUUUCUGGAACCUUCUUCCGGUCCUAAGCUCAUAA